UAAAAAUGGUUACGUUCAAUAUAGUCAACUGUGUUGUUGGAACAAUUUUAAUAUUGAUAUUCUUGGGUGAAAGUUGUUUGUCUAUAGAUGUGACGCAAAAUGUUCAUUUCGAGGUUUAUUUCACUAAACAAUCAAGUGAAAAUAAUAAUCAAGAACAAAAGCAAAACGUUACUACAACGAAAAUAUUCAGUUCAAAUCAUAAGUGGUUUGAUGCGAAUACCUCAAGUGACACAAUCAAAUACCAAGAAAUUGAAUCAGCUGAAGAUGAUAUAAGAUGGGAAGAUGACAAGAGUUUAAAAAGUAAAGAAAGAAUUGUCCGACAAGUGAGCCAUGGGUACUCAUCGUUAUAUCCAGUUUUGACUACACCAUAUCCGAACGUAAAUGUAAAUCCUGAUCCGUAUAGACCAACAGCUCCCCUGUAUGAACCUAUGCCAUAUAACAAUUUUAACAACUACCCGUUUUCAAAUCAAAAUUAUUUUCCCAACAUAACGGAGAGAUAUCCUCCAUACAAUCCCGUAAGUUCUAGACCGCCAUACUAUCCUCCUACACAAAAUUUAAAUUAUGGUAACUCUUCAUCUUUUAAUCAAAAUCUAAAUCAAUAUAAUCGAUCCAGCUAUUUAAAUCCUAAUAACUUAUCAUCUUACACCGGACAACAGAACAGUUUCAAUAAUUUUCCCGUUUCCAAUAAAAAUUAUUUUCCCAACACAACGGAGAGAUAUCCUCUAUACAAUCCUGUAAGUUCUAGACCGCCAUACUAUCCUCCAAAACAAAAUUUCAGUUAUGGUAAUUCACCAUCUUUUAAUCAAAAUCUGUAUCAAUAUAAUCGAACUAGUUAUUUAAAUCCUAAUAAUUUAUCAUCUCAAACCGCACAAUACAACGGUUUCAAUAACUUUCCAGUAUCCAAUCAAAAUUAUUUUUCCAACACAACAGUGAAAUAUCCACCAUAUAAUCCUGCAAGUUCCAGACCACCGACUAACUAUCCACCGAAACAAAAUUUAAAUUAUGGCUAUCAGUCUUUCAAUCAAAAUCCGAAUCAAUACAAUUAUUCCAGUAAUUUUUAUCCUAACAAUGAUUUAAGUCAAAAUAACGCAUCGUAUCAACAGCAUAUGCAAUAUUAUCAGAACAUUCGACCAGGUAGUAUACCCUCUACAAAUCUUAAUUCAAAUUAUAAUCCCAAUUUAAAUGCUACAAGUGGUAUGAAGGCGCCAUGGUUAGACAGAAACUUUUCAAACACUUCAGGAUAUGGUUAUAGCUCCUAUCCUAGUAGUUUUUAUCCUGGCAACGGUUUGUCAUCGAACGGGUCUCAAUCGAGAUGGCCAGGUUACCCCAUAAACAACGGUAGUUAUACCAAUCAAUCACCUUAUUUUUCAUAAAGUUCAAUGUUAAAGCCUGCCUAAUGACGUUUUCAAAAACAAUAAUGCUACUAAUCAAAACAAUUAUAUAGAAUCAAAUCAUUUUGUCUACUCCCCAGGACAAAAACCUGGUUACGAUAAUAGUAAAAUUUCUCCUCAAAAUUUUUCAUAAUAAAAUAAAGCUUACGCAGCUUAACCAAGAUUUGAAAGAAAAUAUGAAAGUAUAUAGUGUAGUAAAAAUAUUGCCAGUUUACAUAAGUUCUAUGUCAAAGAUGAGAUAUUUGUAAAUUUAGUGAUAAUAAAUAAUUUUACUACUUGUAUUCAAAUAAAGUCAAAUGAAAGUA